GAACUGAAAUUGGGAAUUUCCUGUGAACUAGAAAGAUGGCCUUAUAAAUAGGCCCAACUCCUGGAGAGAAGGCAUUGGCACUGCAAGCCCCGCAGCCUCUGCCUCGGACAUCACUGCUCCUCUCGCCAUCAUGACCAACAGGUGCACCCUCCAGCUCACCGUCCUGCUGUGUCUCACCGGGGCCGCGCUCUCCGUGAACUACGGCAAGCUCCGCUUCCAGCAGAGAAGCAGCAAUUCAGCCUGUCAGGAUCUCCUGUGGCAGUUGAUUACAAGCCCUCAGCAUUGCCUGGACGACAGGAUGGACUUCCAGAUCCCCAAACAGGUUGAACAACCACAGCAGUUCCAGAAGGAGGAAGCCAUGGUGGUCAUCUACGAGAUGCUCCAGCAGAUCCACGGCAUUUUCAGAAGAAAUGUCUCCAACGCUGGCUGGAAUGAGACCAUUGUUGAGAACCUUCUGGAGGAGCUCGAUGAGCAGAUGGACCGCCUGGAGACAGCCCUGGAAGAAAUCAAGCAGGAGGGAAAGUUCCCCUGGGAAAGCAGGACGGUGCUGCGCCUGAAGACCUAUUACUUAGGCAUCUUCCAGUACCUGAAGGCCAAGUUCUACAGCAGAUGUGCCUGGACAGCAGUCCAAGUGGAAAUCCUCAGGAACUUUUUCUUCCUUAAUGGACUUAUAGGUGAGCUCCAGGACUGA